AUGAAAUUCAAGAGACUUGUGUUUUGUGAUAUGACAACAUCAGGUAGAGGAUGGACUGUGUUUCAACGUCGUCUUGAUGGAAGUGUUGACUUCUACCGAGGAUGGGAAGAUUACAAACACGGUUUUGGUAACUUGAGCGGAGAAUAUUGGCUUGGUCUUGACAAAAUACACAUGAUGACAAAUAUUUCACAAAAUGAACUUCGUAUCGACAUGGAAAAUACAUCUGGGAACACCAGAUACGCUCAUUAUGAUUCAUUUAAAGUCAGCAGCGAAAAUGUGAAGUACAAGUUGAAUGUUGGAGGGUAUCAUGGUACAGCAGGGGACUCGUUGAAAAGACAUAACGGUAUGGAUUUCACCACCAAGGAUGCUGACAACGAUAUUUGGGGUCGUAACUGUGCAGCGAGAUUCAAAGGAGCCUGGUGGUAUAGUGAUUGUCAUCAUUCCAAUUUGAAUGGUUUGUAUCAUUAUGGAAAUCACACAUCGCGCGCUGAUGGAGUAAACUGGUUCCAUUGGAAAGGUCAUUAUUAUUCUCUGAAAUCAACAUCGAUGAAGAUACGACCACGUGAAUUUGGAGAGAAGAAAUAAAGUCGUUGAAAGUUAAAAGA